AGGUGAAUCGAAGAGGAGAAAGAGGUUUAGUGGGGAGGUUCUUAUACUUCUUUUCUUAUAACUCCUUCAUUUUUCCUUUUUCACAUCUAAUCUGCAUCAACGGCUAUACGUAUUCGAUGCCGUACCCACUGUGUUUGAACAAAUAAAAGAAACAAUUAACAAAUACAGAAUAUAAAGAAUACAUUUGCAAUAUCGCGUUAGCCUGUUAUAUCUAUAUGUAUCAUAAUCGUCGCCGUGCAUAUGGGUAGUAAACUGGCAUGCAAUACGCUUUAGUACCCAAAUGAACAAUUUUAUUUACACGUCUGAUUUAGGCAGUUAACUCUAACUGCAAUAUAGAUGCAAAAACUUCCCUUUUUCUUAAGUAAUAAUCAUUUAUUGUAUCUUUGAUUAAAAAAAAAAAAUGGAGGGGUCGGAUCGACUAAGUAAAAUGGGCCGAAUCGACCAUGGGGGACGGAACGACCUACUACCGUGCAAAAAGGCCAGCUUCCAAUAAUUUGCCAGUCAUGUGAAUUUGAUCUACUUCACUUUCAUCAUUAUUUAACAAUCAGGGGCGUAACAAGUGAUAAAUUGAAGCUUCUAAAGGCGUAAAAUUAAAUAGUGACACCGUUGAAAAACAACCCCAGGGGUUAUUUCUCAACGAUCAAAAUUUUCACGUUAAAUUUUGAUCAAUAACUGUCGUUGAAAAGUGAUCAACGUUUAAUUUUGAUGUAGCAUAUUGAAACCAAAAUAAUUUUUCUUUUUAAAAUAUGAAUCUAUUUACAAAUUAAUAACUGGAAACUCACGGUGAGUUGCUUCCAUAUUUCACACACUACCACCCCGGGGAGGACUUGUUGCAAAACGUAAAUCAAUAAUAUUUGUUUAUUAGUGAGUAAAAAUGAAACUUAUUCAUAACAGUAAUCAAGACUAUACCUUAAAAUUCUUUAUUUAGUAUUUUUUAUACAUGUUGUUGAUAAGGAGGUAUUCUACCGAAACAUUAAAAAUUAUUUCUCAUUUUCCCAUGCGUACUUUCUAACACAACCACAAGUAGACCGGCCGCUCGGGGAUUUUACGACAGUUUUCACAAUAUUUUUUUUAAAUCCUUCAAAAAAAUAAAACCAUGAGCAUUAUAUCCAUAUCUUACAUUACAGAUGUAAAUGAUUUUAUACUUCAAUAGUCCAAACCUAGAAACUGUUAUAGGAACUCUGGAAAAAAUGUAACAGGAAAUUAAGAAUGUAUUUUUGUAAAUUAUAGUAAUUUGACUAUAAUUAGUAAUUUUUGGUAAAGUCAUUUUGACUUACCGACACAUUUUUUUUUUAUAAAACGCGCAAUUUGAUUGCUCGAUAAAAUGUCAGCAAGUCUAUUGUUGGUCAAGAGGGAAAUCUGGGUCAAUCAGAGAACUUAAAUUUCCUGAUCAUUUCAUAAUAAAUCACAGAAUUAUGCAAGCAUUCAAAGUUAUGUGGAUUAAGGCUGUUUUUGUUUUCUUCAAAUUAUGGAUUCAGAGCAGUUAAAACAUCACUCAAUCUUUUUCGGGGACUAUUCCGGGGAAUGAUGGAUGGGGUUAAAAUCAGCGAUCAAAGUUUACAUGCCAUGAUAUAUGGAUAUCGGGGGAAAUCUCUCAAAACCUUCUUCUCCAAUAUAACAAGGUCUUGUUGAUAAUACAGAUAUUGAAGCAUCCCUGUGUUGUGUGGGUUCACGUUUGGUUAAGUCAGUACCUCGCGAGGUUAGGGUGAAAUCAUAACAUGGGGUCAAAAUUUUUAGUGGGAAUAAAGAGAGGAAAAUCUUUUUUUUUUUUUUAAAUUUCAACAGAUCCAAGGAAAUUCGUGUGAGCGUUAUGACCCAUGUGCCUCUUGUUUCAUAUAAUACUAUUGCAAUGAAUAUGAAUAUACAAACAUUAUAUUUACUCUGAUCUAAGCUAUUUAUAGUGUAAGUGUUACCGUAUUUGUAUUACUUGUUGUAAGCUGAUGAGCUGUACUAAUUAAGACAAUAAGAAACUUGGAUCAGAAAAAUAAAAUAAGUCGAUUCCUUGAAAUUCCUUUUAGCCAAAAUGCACGUGUCAUCAAAUUUUAAGAGCCAAUUGUUACACAGCACGAGGUUGGGUAGGUAUAAAAGGACUGAGCGGGUGAGUGCCUGUACUUCGAGACGACGGGUAUAACUGACAUCACAUCACAGAAGCAUGGAGUUCUUGAAAGUCCUCGUGGUUUUGAUCGUAGUUUCACACGGUUCGCUAUCAAAGCCAGUGAGUUCCGAGGAUGAACUACGCGACAUCGUCGGAGAACUAGAGAGACUCGCAGCAAGCUUCAGACAGUAUGUUGUCGACGGUAGUAGGUCCGAGAAUUCUAUGAGCAGUAUCGUGCCACUGAGCGGAUCUACGCCAGAUUUCCCCAUCCCCGGUACCAGACCACUCGGGCUUUUGGGGUUCGAUAACGAUGAACUUGACCCCUCCUCUCCACCAUACAAAUGGCUCUACAAAAUGUUCGGAAAGCUUCUGAAGCCAUACUUCAACAGUUUCCCAAGUGGACCAUUUUCAUCGGAGAUGCAGUUAACACCACGUAAUGUUGUUGUACGGCUGAGUGCAUGGUAUGACAACAAUGACGAAAUGAUGACCAAAGAACAGACUUUCUUUAACGUUGCCAGAGAGCUCUUGGAUGCCCAUUUCCAGUGUGCAGCGACAAGAAUCAACCAAAUAGUUUUCUAUGUUUUCAAGGACCAAGUACGUAUAAUGGCAGAGGAUGAUGGGAAAAUGAACUAUCACGUGAGAAAAGUUUUAGGGAAUUGGAUAACAGAUACGGCCGUUGUGGACAAAGUCACCCAGAAAAUUGUUAUGACAGCGCAUAAACAUGCCUACGGGGGCAUUAUGGAGCGCAUUGAGUAUUUCCAACUUAAUGAUAUCGUGGAAUUCCUUGCAAAAAUGAAAAUGCUCAUGUGGAAAGCUGAGCAGGAUAAAUGGACACCAGUCAUGUUCGAUGAGAAACUGAAUAAACUUUUGACGGACUUUGAUUUUGUCUUCCAAUGUCCGAGUGUGCAUGAUCUAUGGAAAUUCCAAACAAUUGUUAGCCGUUUUCAAGAUGGAUUAUCCGGAAUCAAACCCUUCGCUGAGACAGAGGCUUGGCUAAAGGAAGUCCUACCCACAUACAUGACUACAGACGUCACCCCCGCCAUUACUGCCAUCCUACAAGUGUACAAGGACUACGUCAAGUCGGCCAUGCUGCACUUCGAACAAGUGGAGAAGCACGUGACCAGCGGAAAUACAGCAGACCUCACAAAUUUCAUGUCCCAAUUCCUCGCACCGCAUCAGCUCCAAUAUUUGCUGUCCAUCUUUGAAUUCCUCAAUACUGGGAAUAUCCGCGACAUCAUGGAAAUGGGAUACAUGAGGAACGAAAAUACUGGUUACUGACAUUCAAAGGAUAGAUGCACAUAAUUCAACGGGAGAUGUAGAUGAAACGGACGCCGGGACUGUAUAGGGUAUCGACACGCGAUAUCCAAACCAUGUGAAAAGGGCUAUUCCUUUAAAAAUCAUCAACCCUUUCGUAGUGCUUUCAAUAACUUCUUUGCUUUGAAAAAUAAAAUAUCAUAAACCAAA